AAAACCUCUUUAUUUAUUAUUCAUUGAGAGUGAUGCUGACCUUCCUCACAGGUCUUUAGUUCGAGUUGACUGGAAGACAAAGAAGAUUGAGACACUUGUUGGUCUAGUUGAUAAGCCAACCAAUGAAGGCUUCACUGGAGUAUAUACAUGCAGUCUCCCUGAUCGUUGCUGGGGGGAUAAUGACAAGAUGUAUUUUCAUGAUUGUCAGAAACUAUACAAAGAGAUCAUGCGUCUAGAUGUUAACACAAAAUCAAUAUCAUGUAUCACGUCUGAUACUGAGAAAGGAGCUUAUGCUGUCUUUGAUGUAUUUGAUGGUCUGUUGCUAGGACAAUAUGCUAACCCAGCCCAACCAAGGAAAAUAUUCAUAGCUGAGCUACCUUCCAGCAAUGAUGGCUUUAAAGAUACUGAUUUUUGUGAAAUAGCAACCACUACUGUAUCCAUUUCUGACAACAUUAAAUGGGAGGUUUUAUCACUUACAAGAGAAGACUCAGGUGGUUAUCCGUAUGAGGCUCUCUUUGUAUCUCCUCGUGUUGUUGAAUCUCUUCCUCCACUGAUAGUGAGUUCUCAUGGUGGACCACACAUGUCUAGUGUUGCUGAUUUUACUGUAUGGACUGCCUGCUUUAUUGGACUUGGAUAUUCUGUUGUGUUUGUUAAUUAUAAUGGAUCUACUGGCUAUGGACAGGAUUUCAUGAAAUCAUUGUUGGGUAAUGUGGGGACACUUGAUGUGAAUGAUGUGCAGUUUGCUGCUGAGUCACUGGUAAAGAGAGGUAGUGUUGAUGCUAGUCGUGUAUUUGCUCAUGGUGGAUCUCAUGGUGGCUCUCUUUCAGUUCAUUUAGUCUCUCAGUUUCCAGACUUUUAUAAAGCUACCUUUGUCCGUAAUCCUGUCAUCAAUAUUGCUUCUAUGAGAAAUGAAACCGAUAUUAUAAACUGGACUCAUUCUGUUACUGGAUUAUCCUAUGACCCUAAAGUCACACCUACUCCUGAUCAAUAUUCUAAAAUGCUUGAAAUUUCACCUAUUGUCCAUGCACAUAAGAUUAAAGGAGCUGUCACCCUAGCAGUUGGAGCAGAGGACCACAGAUGCCAUCCAUCCCAAGCUAGAGAACUCUACACUCUGUUACAUGCACAAGGAAAAGACGUCAACAUGUUCCUAUACCCGGACUAUCAUCCCUUGAUGUCAGUGGACACUGAUGCUGACUGCUUCAUGCAUUGUGUACUACUGUUUAACAAGUAUUCAUAAACCAAGAGAUGUUAGGAUUAUCUGUUAGGAAGA